AUGGGCCCCUACGUGAACAAGCUGCCUGGAGCUGUAGCAGAAAUUGGUGCAUGGAUAUUUGGUGCCCGCCUGGGUACAGCACAGGAGGAGUUAGAGGCACCGGUGAUUUAUCACCUCGCUCGUGCAAACUCUCGCUUUAGCUGGAAGUCCUCAAGGACUCAGGUGGCUCUGGCCAAAGACUCCCUUGGUAAAGGCCCUGGUGAAAGUGUCCCUGGCUGCGUGGAGCAGCUCCGUAAUGGCCCCGGCUGCAAGCUGGUGCGUUGCUCCGCGUGCAACUGCAGCGCGGCCGGCAGCGCGAGCGGCAGCGAGUGCGACGCCACGACGGGGCGGUGCGCCUGCCGCCAGGGCUACGCGGGGCCGCGGUGCGAGAGCUGCGCCCCCGGCUACCACCCCGCCGGGAGCAGCGGGCUGUGCCGGCCCUGCGGCUGCAGCCCCGCCGGCUCCCUCGGCUCCCGCUGCGACACAGAUGGGCAGUGCCAGUGUAAAGUUGGUGUGACGGACCUGAAGUGUGACCGGUGCAGUGAUGGAUACUACAGGUUUAACGAAACCACCUGCGAGCCAUGCCAGUGCAAUAACCGGUCCCAAACCUGCGAUGCAGUAACAGGCACCUGCCUGGAUUGCCAAGAAAACACCAAGGGGAAGCACUGCGAGCAGUGCAAGGAGGGUUUCUAUAGCAGCGCCCUUCCCGGCCCAGCCUGCCGUCACUGCCCGUGUUCAACUGUAGCAUCCACUGGCACCUGCCAAAUAAGGUCCGGCGACGCUGCCCCAACGUGUGACAGAUGCAAAGCUGGAUACACGGGCCCCAACUGCAACCAGUGCGACAACGGCUACUACAACUCCGACAGCAUCUGCGUGAGAUGUAAGUGCAACGGGAAUGUGGACCCAGCCCAGUCACCUCGGGUGUGCGAGCCAGACAGCGGGGAGUGCAUCGGCUGCCUGUACCACACUGCCGGCUUUCAUUGCGAGGAAUGUCAGGAGGGCUACAGCAGGGACCCCGAGGGAACCAACUGCACCAAGAAAGAAGUCACUCUUGGCCCAGAAACAACAGAGUUUAUAACCUCUGCUCCGAAUGCUAGCAGGGCAACAUCAUUUUCAACUGCAGUGAUAAACAGUACGUUGUCACCAACAACUAUACAGACUAUAUUUCCUAUAAGUUCCUCUGACAAUAGUACUUCUGCUUUUGCAGAUGUUUCAUGGACUCAGUUUAACAUAAUUAUUUUGACAGUUAUCAUCAUAGUUGUUGUCCUACUAAUGGGCUUUGUGGGAGCUGUCUAUAUGUACCGUGAGUAUCAAAACAGAAAACUUAAUGCUCCUUUUUGGACCAUUGAACUCAAAGAGGACAACAUCAGUUUUAGCAGUUAUCAUGACAGCAUACCCAAUGCUGAUGUUUCAGGCCUGUUGGAAGAUGAUGGGAAUGAAGUUGCACCAAAUGGACAGCUAACUCUGACAACUCCCAUGCACAAUUAUAAAGCUUAAAAGAAGAAGCAAUCCAGCUAUUCCAAAGUUGGCUUAAAAAAAUUGCAGGGCUUGUUGAAGGGGUAUCGGGAUCUGUGUGAAGGCUCCAAGCAAAGGAAUUUGCUCUUCAGAUACUCUUAUGCUGGGCAUGCUGUAGCUUGCAGGUGAACAGAAAAAAAAAAAGUGUAGUACAUCUGAUCCGAAUUUCAGGUAAUGUGGUGAAAUGUGUUCAGUUUCUUGUUCUCCAUAAAUAUCCAUAGAAUUCACUGUUAAGGAUUUAAAAUUAUGCUGAUCUUAAAAUAUAUUUUUUUAUGAAGAGGUGGUGGGGUGUAGAAAGCAAUACCCCAUGAUUAAUCACAAGCUACUUGACUUCCAGCCAACCUAACGCUUAUGCCUGCAUCCUUUAUUUUGAAAAGUACGUUGUGAAUUAACGAUGAAUUUUCAGGAAUUAGACUUUUGUAAAGACUUCAUAUUAGUUCUUGAUAUGAAUUUGCUUGAAAAGGGAGGAGGAAAAAGAAAUCACUGACUACCAAGAGGCAAGUAGAGGAGAAAGUUAUACACUUGAACAAAAGUCACCCUUAUCAGUUUCCACGGAGCUGGGAAAUGGGAAAAAAAUACCAUGAAAAUCAUGGAGUUAGGGAAGAGGCUAUGCUUUUCCCUUUCUGAGUACUUUUACAUGGUGGUGAUGCUAUUAAAACAUAGGAAUCCAUUUUUUUUUCUAGCAGGGGUUGAUGAACUUGUAUAGUUUCUGUGCAAGGGAAGAUGACAAGACAUCUCAGGGUUGCCAUGUAAAAAUAAAAGCUAGGCUUAAUAUCCUACCCUGAUAGAAAUGAUGUUCUGUAUAUAGAAUGUAAUAUAUCUUCUUGGAAUUGUAUUUGUAAUUAUUUGUAAAAAAGACAAACAACCAAAAAAAACCCAACAACAAAAUCAUGACCCCUUCCAACUCCCUAUUCCCCAAGUCAUAUUUUAUCAUCUGGUUUUAAUUGUACAGCGGUUAGUGGCGUUGUUUAAAAAGAAAAAAUGAGGAUUGUUUAAAAUACUGUAAAUUAGAUGGCAAUAUUGUUGGAGCUGGGACUCUGGCAAGCACCCACUGCUUGAAGCUUUUCUUCUCAUGUCACUGAAUAAUUUUUUAGAGAAAAUGUGAGUGCUCCCUACUUGCAUCUGUCAACUUUCCCCAUUCCUUUAAAAACGCAGUAUAUACCAGUCUCACCAUGACGAGGCCCUAGUGGGUGUCCAACAAUCCGAUGUACGGUUCUGUUGUUUGCCUUUAAAUCUUAAAGAAAUGCAAAUACUGUCAUGAAUGCAUUAUUACUGAGGUCCUGAUCUUGAUGCCCAGGCUUUUCCGAAGCAGCCGCUCCUGACGCGAGCGAAUGUCAUUGCCAUCUCUUCUGCACUUACAUGGUGACAGGGAGACUUGCUGGAGGGCUGAGUGUGGCCUCGUGGCUUCCCUCGAAGGCAAAAAUUUUUGCAAAGGCAAAAAUCUCCUGCAUUUCAGUGGAACUGGGGUUUCGGAGCACAGCUUGCAGAAGCUGAUCUGCGUUUCAGAUUUCUAAGCUUAAAAGCUAAAAGUACAUGGAUACUGUUAGGAAAUUUAUGCUUAAAAGUUCAUGUAGCACAAGACAGUAUGUGGGGAAAUUAGCUGUCAAAAAAACGUAUUGGGGGCUAUGGUUUUAUGAAAUCCCCCAACUUCUGUGGGAGGCUGGUGGAUUGUUGGCAAAGGGAGAAGAACUAAAGGCAGCACAGCACAAGGGAGGGUGCACCUGGGCCACCGGGUGCCUUGCUGGCACCUGGCACCUGUGUGGGGCCUCGAGGGAGUGCUGUACCCUCCCUGUGCUGGGGAACCACCAGAGUAGCACAGUCUCAGAGGGUCAGUCCCAUGAAAAUCAUACCAUUACAUUUAAGCAGGAUGUGCAACAAAUACUUUGCAUAACUCAUGGCCAACCUCAGAACUAAAGCUGUGUUGCUGUAUGUGUUGGCGCUUUGCAAGCAAUUAAUGCUGAGGAUAAAUGAAGUACCUGCUAAAGAUCGGCAGGAGCUGACUGAUGCAUCCUCAGAUCCAGGCACAAAUAAAUAUUUCUCAAGUGGAAGAUGAGAAAUGGUAGGAAGAAUGUGGCGAUUAUUUAUUUGCUUUCCAGUGCUGUGUGGAGGCAUUUCUUAUGAAUGGAGACUUUUGGGGAAAGGGGAGCAAGUGCUGUAAAUACAAGCAAAAGAGAUCAUUUCUGCCUCAAAGAAGUUGCUGCUUGAUGUAAAGAUGAGGCACAGUAAGUAAGGAAAAUAGCUGAGGAAGGGCAAGGGAGAUGGUGAGAGCAGGAUGUGAUAUUGCAUAUAGGCCUGAGCCAAAUGCUAUUAGACCCAAUGGAAAGACUCCCAUUGCUUGCUGUGGGCCUGGGUUGGUCCCAUGGUAUGGUCCCAUGGUUGCAGGUAAUUAAUUGGGCUGAAGUCAUUUAGAGCAAUGUUAGUUUUAGUUAUAAAAUGUGGGAAGAAUGCAGAAGAGAAUUGGGAUAUUGCUAUUCCUUGAGUUACUCAUCAGGCUUUCAAAGAACAGAUUUUGACAAUAUAGAGAAUUUCCUAAAAAAUUAAAUCAUUUGGCAGUACUCAGUGAUACAUGUGCUCUGAGUCCCUUCAUGGGAUAAGGAAGUGUAAUUUAGAAACUGCUAGCUUCAGAGGAUAAUGCUAGUGAGAAAAGUGAAGCGUGGAUUGCUCACUCUGUUUCCAAAAUACUUCAGUAGGGCUUUUCAUCUCUGUAACAAUAUACUUCCUCAAAUUUUGGAAAGACUGUAGACUACUUCGUAAUGGGAAUAGGCUUGGAUUCUCUCAUUGCAGAAACAUUGACUGUCUGCAAAACUGGAGCAUGAGUUCAGAUGCUGAGCCCUCCUAUUCCAUGCCUAAAGCAGAAAGAGAUGUUCUCUCAUCUGGGCUGCUUCUGAACUAUAACUUCUGAGUUAUUGUAAACGCUUCAUGUUUGAGUCCUGGAUUUGGAAAGAGGAGGAGGCCAGGAUGCCCUGCAGUCAGUCUGCAAGGGAGGGCAGUAAGGCCGUGCUGUUGUCAACUGGUUGCACAUCUAGAUGAAGGUAUCAAUGAUGGAAAGCUUGGAGAGAUUCAGCUGCCCAGACUGCCCUGAUCUGCACAGCCGAGGAAAGUACAGGAUGUUCUCUAGCAGGCACUGGAACUAUUGCAAAGAUACUGCACUGGGACAAUCCUUCUCAGAUGGCAAAAUGACUCAUCCAGAAAAGCACAAGCAUCUCCACCCAACCAGGCCUUUUGCUUAAAGAACUCUUGCAAAAAAGAGGUGAAUGCCUCAGCAAAGAAACAACAAACAGCUGUAUGUUUGACCUUGUCUGGUGAUCUGAGAUUAAGCCCUGCUUGCUGCUGCCAUCAAUCAUGCAGCCAUCACCUGGGCAUCAGAGGAAGUGAAGAAGAAGCUGAGCUAGUUGUAUCUCCUGGCAUCACUCUUUGGAGUGUGGAGCCAGGGUACCAAAGGCUGUGGCUGUUCCACCAGGACUGCUGACCUGCCAUGUGUUACAACUUGUGAAGCUUCCCAGAUGCUGAUGUUUGCCCCUAUGCCAGGCUGGAAUAAACACAUGUAAACUGGAAGCAGACUUGCAGAGCUCCACUGGAGCCCAACUCAGAAACUAUCAAGAGAAGAGGAAGACACCUAGGUUACUCGUAGGGCUGAUGUGGCAAUACUGAUACAUGUAGUUUCCUGGAAGGGCCACCACACAUCACCUUCUGAAAGUGCAUACUGCUGUCUGGCUGUGGCAAUGUGGCUGUUCCGGAGCAGGAUAUUCAGUGGCAGGACAUUGUAGCUGUAGAGCAUGGAGAAGGUAUGGAAAGGUAGGAUAGGGCUGGAUGAGGGUAGCAUACCAGCAUGCAAAGCAUGAUCCUUAGGGUCAUGGGAGCUGUGCAGACCCAGCUGGUCUGGAUGGGAUGAGUUAAGUUCCACAGUCAAGUAACUGAAGGCAAGAGGAUAACAGAUUAAGGGGAAAAGCAAUGAUGUGGCAAAGGCAUGGGGGCAGCAUGUCUGGCUCACAACUAAGGAGAGCAUUUGGUAAGCACAAAGUGCAACAGACAUGCAAAAACAUGAUUGGGUUAGUGUGAAUAGACUAUUUUAAAUCUUACGAACCAGAAAUAACUAGAAGUAACUAGAAAUAACUGCACGAAGCACUGGCCCUGGGGAGUUGUCAUGAGAUGUCAUCGAUGGGAACGGUAAUUCCCUUGGAUCAAGCUGAACAAACUUAGCACAUUGGAAGCUAUUUAUGAAACAGAAAGCGACGUGUUCAGCAUCCUUUGGGCAUCCUGGUCCAGUUAACCACUGAUAAACAGCAUUUUUAUCCUAAUGUUACAUGCAAUGUGUAUGUGGUAGAAAGUUUCUGCAGUCGCCUUUAAAUAAAGGAUAUAAAAUAGAAUACUAAAAAUACAUUUCUCUUUAAAGUGAAGUUUUAAAAUGAGCUCCUACAAGACUCUGCUAUUUAUGUGUCAGAGAAUUAGAUUAAAAUAAGAAAAAUGUGGGCCUUAAAAUUGUACUUGCUCCCAACUGAAACCCAUCAGUCUUACUACACAUCCAAAUAAGGCGUCUCCUAAGCAUAUGCUAUGCUUACAAAUGCAUUUCUAAAAAAAAGUGUAUGAUUUGAAUAUAUGUCAGAAUUUAUACAGAAGAAUGUUAUUUAAAAUGAAUAAAAAUAAAU